GCUUACUGAAGCAUGCUGGCACAAGCCAUAGCCGUCCUGCGACGUUUGCCUCCUAUUGCUCUGCCAUUCCUUGUGCUUCUGACGGCUCCGCUCAAGAUGACGAAGGCAGAAGCGUUGUACGAGAUGUAUGCCUCGACACCGUACCAGACUGGUGGAGAUGUUUAUUGCUCCCCCUAUGCGGCGGACUCCUACGAAUACCCGACGUGGGCCGAAUACUUCGGCGGUGGCUGCGAGGGACGCCGGUGCAAGUUCUCCAGCACGGGCGACCUGCUUGUGCAUCACUUCAGGUGCAAACCAGGGAUUGCGUCGCAGUCUCGCCGGUGCCGAAGCCAGGAAGAGGACAGCUCGUUCCCGCAUUGCUGCUUGCCUGUCUGCAGCGAUGCGCUCUACUGAAACGAUAGGGAGACGGAACCGUU